AGGCAGGAUCCCAAGGGGGUGGCUGGAAUAUAUGCACCAGCGAAGGUGCGAAAGGCAUUUUUCAAGCUUACAGCUGUUUGAAAUCAACCGGUUUUGAUUUUGCCGGUGCGGCAGGACAAUUAUCUACGAGACCAGCCUUGGGCCAUGGAUAAACUAAAUUCGCCGAUUUUGAGAGGGACUUACUUAAGUCUGUUUCGCCAAAAUCGAGACCCCCCCAGAUUUUUUUUGAAAACGACCACAAGGGACCCCGCUGUCGUUGACAGCUUUCACGCGUUGUUAUUGGUUGUUUAUGCGGGGUCGGUUCUACGGCACUGCUGUAUUGCACGGAUCCGAUAUUCAUGGCGACCGUUCAGCACUGAGGUACCGCCACGCGCUAGGAAGGUGACGGAUGUUACUCCUGGUCUCAUUCCAGUGAAGGAGUUCGUAAUUGAUUAUUGGCCUGUCACGAUGAACAGUGAACACUUCGAGACUCGGAGGGUUUAUAAGGUCCCGGGAGCUCCGAAGCAGGCUGGAGGGCCUUAUAUCGAUAAAGGGAAAGUAUAUAUAAACCUAGGCAGGUUACCAGCCUCUAUCAGUAUAGAAUAUAAACCCCGAGUCCGACGCUUACCAACAUCGCACUAUUUAUCUCCUUGAGACACGCUAUCUUGUUGGUCAAGGUGUGGGAAGACCCGUUGCUGUGGAGCAGGGGUGUGCAAAGCAAAUACACUCUUGUCUAUCCUGAAGCAUCUCAACGCUGUCCCAGAGCCUGGUUCUGAUGGGUCCACGAGCACGUACGUGAAAUGGACGGAUAACGCCAUUUGGCCAUGGCCCUCGAGAAAUAAUAGAUUGCGUAGAGAAAUCUGUGAACUUCAGAUGGCCGGCCAACUUUCUGGAAG